AGAGGGCGCUCUUCCAGAACACACCCGGAAGUAGACUUUUGUUGUUAGCUCCGUGAGGCUAAUGUUGGAGCUAACGCAUGGGAGCUAACGCCACACUGAGCGUAAACAGUCUGUAAAAAUGUCCUAUAAACACCAGGCUUUGCGCAAUCUGGUGGUGGAGAGGCUCGCUGUUGCCGCAGAUGAGAUUUUUGCGCUUUUUGAACGAACAUUUGCGGAAUAUGAAGAGGAGGUUCUGCGGUCUAAAUUACUACAGGAGACUCGAGUGGAGCUAACCGGGUCUGUUGCCCAGCUUUCGUCUGCGUCUCCAGAUGUGCGCCAAAGUCCCGAACAAGCUGAAAAAGAAGCAACUCUGUGCAUCAAAAAAGAGGAAGAGCCAUCUGUCGAGUUCCCAUUCACUCCUCCACCUCUGAAAUCGGAAGAACAUAUUGACAAAUCUGCAUUCCUACAAGAAGAACAAUUAGGAGAGGAGAAGAGACACAAGCCUAUUGAAGAGCAGUACGAAGGAGAGGAGCCCGGCUGCAGCUUGGAUUUAAAAUCACAAAACAACGAAAAAUCUUACAGCUGUUCAGACACAGACGAUUCUGAGAACUGGGAGCCUUCAACCAAGAGAUCAACCAAAAGUGAUGGUCAGGAUUCUGAUUUAGUUCUUAUAGAGGACUCAAAUACAGAUGUCUCAUUGGUGAAACGCGAAGAGGAGACACCAGGCUGUGGCUCUGAUUUGAUGAAUCUACAACCAAAAAGUGGGACAAAAACUUCAGACGGCUCUUCUGACUCCUCCUCUGAACUGGAAUCAUCUGAUCCAAAAAAGACUGAAACCAAAACAAAAGUUCAGAAAUCAAAGCGAGACCGUAAAAAACUCGACCCAAAACAACUCAAAUGUUCAGAAUGUGGGAAGCAAUUUAAGCGACCGGCCUAUUUACGCAAACACAUGUUAUACCAUAGUGAUCCAUUCUCCUGUGACAUCUGUAGCAAAACGUUCAGGUUCAAGUCGCAACUAAACACUCAUUUAAGAAUUCACACUCAAGAGAAACCCUUCAGCUGUUCAGUUUGUAAGCAAAGGUUCAGUCAAAAGUAUUUCCUAACCAGACACAUGAAAAACCACAGUGAUGAGAAACCAUUCAGCUGUCCAGAAUGUGGUUUGCAGUUCAGGCAGCAGUACAAUGUGUCCCGUCAUAUUGCGGCGGUGCACAGGGGCGAGAAACCAUUCAGUUGUCCAGUUUGUAAAAAGGCUUUCGCACAGAAACAAGAUUGUACCACUCACGUUAGUCUUCAUUCAAAGGAGAAACCUUUCAUCUGUUCAGUCUGUGGUAAAGGCUUUGGGGAUAAUGGUUAUUUGAGAAGGCACGAACACAAGCACAAGACUCGGGAGAAAAAGCAAAACUUAAUUUAUUGUAAUAUUAGUAAUUAAAGAUGCACUGUGUAACAUUUCUGGUUGACAGUCAACUACGUGCUUGUCUCCAUGACAAUAUUGCUUUGUCUGGAAUGCUUCACUGUAUUGUAUGGAAUUAUUCCCCAUCGAGACAAGGAGGUGAUGCCACUAAAGGCCAAUUCAGAUCUGUGCAGAGGCAACCCCACUCAGUUUUUUUAAUAAUAAUUGUUUUUGCAAUAAAAAUGACUGUAAUGAAAAAAAUGCUGUUUUACAUUCCAGUCAAAGUAAUAACCAUGGCAGUUACGCAGUGCACCUUUAAAAAGCAGAAAAUACAUUAAAUGAAUACAGCUUGUUUUGGAAGUAUGCUAAUAUUAGGCAUUUUGGGGAAAACAUUGCAACAAUAAUGGAAGAAUUAUUAAGCUAUACAAUAACUUAAGAUGCACCCACUAUGUGCUUAUGUCUGUUGCUUAUGAACGAUGCUUAAUGGAGGACUUUUAUCUGUUUAAAGUGAUGCUGAUGGCAAGCAAGAAAUUAGAAGAUGAUUAAAUCUAGAGAUGGGUAGUACUCACAUUUACUUGAGUACCUUUAAAGAAAUUGUACUUUUCAGAGUACUUUUCUAGCCACAUACUUUUACUUGUACUUGAGUGAUAUUAUUAUCGAAGUAACAGUGCUCUUACUUGAGUAAAAGUUGUGGUUACUCUUCCCACUGUGAGUCUACAAGUGAAAAAAGCUUUGUUGACAAUAUGAAAUGAUUUGAAAGUUUGUACUUCUUGCACCGCUCCUUCUGAUAUGAUUAAUUUUGUCUCAUUUUUGUGUUUAUCCUUUGAAAAUGCCAGCUUUUGGACAAUAUGGUUUUGUCGUUCCAAUUACAUUAAAUUUAAAAAAACAGUUGUUACAUCCCAACAGUUACUCUUUAAGUUACUCUUACUUGAGGAGUUUUCUGAAAUACCAUUUGCUGGAGUAAUUUCCUGGACCACUACUUUAUGCUUCUACAUGAGUAAUAUUAUUCUGAAGUAAUAUUAUUUUACUUUUACUUUAGUACAAUUUUCUCUACCCACCUUUGACUAAAACAUGACCCAUAAAGAUUGAAAGAAUGAAUGGACAUAAUGUUGGAAUCUCAUGAUGGAAAAAUGAUCUAUUAUUUGAGAGGGAUACAUUUAGUUUGCUGAUAAACUGGAGAAACAAUAAUAAACUGAAAUGGACUACAAAAUUACAAAGCUCACUCCAAUGUUUAGGCUGACACUGUUGUAAAUUUCCUAUGAUUGUGUGUUUUGUUUUUGUAAAAUAAAUGAAAAAUAAAGUCAAUUUGUAAAC